AUGUGGGAUGUAUACGACUGGGUGGUACAGGGUGUCGGAUGUAUACGGCUGGGCGUACAGGGUGGGAAGAAGGUGUCGGAUGUAUACGGCUGGCCGGUACAGGGUGUCGGAUGUAUACGGCUGGGUGGUACAGGGUGUGGGAUGUAUACGUCUGGCCGGUACAGGGUGUCGGAUGUAUACGACUGGGCGUACAGGGGUGUCGGAUGUAUACGGCUGGGCGUACAGGGUGGGAACAAGGUGUCGGAUGUAUACGACUGGGUGGUACAGGGUGUCGGAUGUAUACGGCUGGGCGUACAGGGUGGGAACAAGGUGUCGGAUGUAUACGACUGGCCGGUACAGGGUGGGAACAAGGUGUCGGAUGUAUACGGCUGGCAGAACUACACCACCUACCUAGAGUACACCACCUCCCGCCAUCAACCACCACAUCUACACCACCUCCUAUCAUCAGCCACCACGAGUACACCACCUCCCGCCAUCAGCCACAACGACCACCACGAAUACACCACCUCCCACCAUCAGCCACCCCGAGUACACAACCUCCCGCAAUCAACCACCACAACUACACCACCUCCUGCAGUCAACCACCACAUCUACACCAUCACCCAUCACCUCCUGCCAUCAGCCACCACGAGUACACCACCUCCUGCCAUCAACCACCACAUCUACACCACCUCCGGCCAUCAACCAUCACAACUACACCACCUCCUGCCAUCAACCACCACAAUUACACCACCUCCUGCCAUCGGCCACCACGAGUUCACCACCUCCUGCCAUAAGCCACCACGAGUACACCACCUCCCGCCAUCAAUCACUUUAUCUACACCACCUCCCGACAUCAACCACCACGAGUACACCACAUCCCGCUAUCACCCUUCACGAGUAUACCAGCUCCCGCCAUCAACCACCACAUCUACACCAUUUCCUCCCAUCAACCACCACGAGUACACCACUUCCUGCCAUGAACCACCACAUCUACACCACCUCCUGCCAUCAACUACCAACAUCUACACCACCUCCCGCAAUCAACCACCACAUCUACACCACCUCCCACCAUCAAAGACCACAACUACACCACCUCCCGCCAUCAACUACCACAUCUACACCACCUCCCGCCAUCAACCACCACAACUACACCACCUCCUGCCAUCAGCCACCACAUCUACACCACCUCCCGUCAUCAGCCACCACGAGUACACAACCUCCCGCCAUCAGCCACCACGAGUACACGCCACCCGCCAUCAACCAUCACGAGUACACAACCUCCUGCCAUCAACCACCACGAGUACACCACCUCCUGCCAUCAACCACCACAUCUACACCACCUCCCGCCAUCAACCACCACAACUACACCACCUCCCGUCAUCAGCCACCACGAGUACACCACCUCCUGCCAUCAGCCACCACGAGUACACCACCACCCGCCAUCAACCACCACAACAUCACAACCUCCUGCCAUCAACUACCACAUCUCAGCACCUCCCGCCAUCAACCACCACGAGUACACCACCUCCUGCCAUCAGCCACCACGAGUACACCACCUCCUGCCAUCAACCACCACAACAUCACAACCUCCUGCUAUCAACUACUAUAACUCAGCACCUCCCGCCAUCAACCACCUUAUCUACACCCCCUCCCGACAUCAACCACAACGGGUACACCACCUCCCGCCAUCGACCACCACAACUACACCCCCUCCUGCCAUCAGCCACCACGAGUUCACCCCCUACUGCCAUCAGCCACCACGAGUACACCACCUCCUGCCAUCAGCCACCACGAGUACACCAUCUCCCGCCAUCAAUCACUUUAUCUACACCACCUCCCGACAUCCACCCCCACGAGUACACCACCUCCCGACAUCAACCACCACGAGUACACCAUCUCCCGCCAUCAAUCACUUGA